UUAUGCAGCAAAAGAAGAGUGAAAACGAAGAUAACGAGAGGAGUCUUUCAAUAAUUGAAUCGGUUUCAAAAGCUUUAACGCGGAGAAGUUGUUGGACAGACAAAGAUGAAUUGUUGGAUGUUGUUUAUUGGGGAAGGCAGAUUUUGUCACUUGUUAUUGGCUUGUUGUGGGGGUUAAUCCCUUUAAAAGGUUUUGUGGCGCUUGUUCUUUACAUUGGAACUUCAACGAUUCUUGGUCAUCUUUACUUGACGUGGUACCAAGAGAAAGAUGAUGAAGAUUUCGGUGGUUUCUGGGAAGUUGCGAAAGAAGGUUUUGGUGCAGCCUUUGCCACUUUUAUGGUCUCCUGGGUAACUGCAUAUUCGGCCAGUCAAUUUGAAUAG